UUAUUAUAAUAUGGGGGUGUUUGUCAGGGGCAAGAUUUAAGAAAUUCAGACUAGGUAGGCCUAUUCCAGUGCCAAACCAGCACGUUGUGAAAGCAGUUUACAGUCAUGUGGACAUCCUGGUCUCAGUAAACAUCAGCACCAGCGCAUCUUCAUGCAUGUUGUGUUGAUACAUUUGACCAAACUGACAUAGGCUAAAACAAAUGACAUUUAUGUUUUCACACCUAGUUUGAGUUUAGUUUUAGUUAACUGUCGUCACCUUGUCGGCAACAAGACGUUUAUUCUAACAGUUGCGGCCGGAAGUCGUGAUUCUGAUGUCCCGUGCGGUCUGACUUGACACUGGUGGGUUUGUUGAGGGGGCUCCUGGGUUCCUCUCUCUGGUGUCAGGCUGAACUUGAGACUGUCAGGUUGGAGGUUCACUAAAAUGUCCCAGAUCCAGCUGCUGAGAGUGUUUAUCAGCGAGAGGCUGACGGCGGCAGCGGAGGAGAUCUUCGUGGCUGUGCAGAGGACCAUGGCGGAGUACGAGCAGGACCCCGACCUGCCGCGGCAGCAGCGGCUCCUGGAUGUCCGCCUCAAACAAGAGGGGAAACUACACGGAGAAGUCUCCUCACAGCUCUUUGUUGGUGAGGAGGAGGUUCCCUUGGAGCAGGCCCAGUAUCAGCAGGAGUGGAGUCCGAGGAGCAGCCACAACAACCCCGGUGUGAGCCAGGAGAACCCAGAGGCCCCGGAGGCCCCGGCCAUCAAAGAGGAGCAGCAGGACCCAUGGACCAGUCCAGAGGGAGAGCCGCUGCCAGCUGAGGAGGAGGCUGAUGCCACCAACUUCUCAUUUGCUCCCACCUGUGUGAAAAGCUGCAUUUAUCCAGAACGGACUGUGUUUCAGACUCAAGGUGUGGAAAAUGAAGAUAUAAAGCUUUUACCCAGCUACUCAGCUGACCAGAGGAAGACUGAUGGAAACUCAGAUUUGAACAGUGAAUGUCAGCCCCUGUUUCCAGAUUGCUCUGUAACCCUGCAUGACAUGGGGCCCGAGUUGAGUUUAAAAACACUAACAGACUUCAGUAUCAGUAAAGACUUGAAAUGCCACAAGAGGAUUCACACGGGGAGCAGCCUAUCCGCCAGAGGUCGUGAGUUGGAGCUGCUCAUCAGAGCUCCAACGGGGAGAAAAAGGAGGAACAAAAAAUACUGUUGUCGCUUCUGCGGCAAAGAAUUCAGCCACAGCACGCAUUUAGCCACACACACGCGAAUCCACACUGGUGGGAAGCUGUUCAGCUGCAAAGUUUGCGGUAAAGAAUUUCGACAUGGCAACAGUGUGAUUGUACACAUGAGAAUCCACACGGAGGAGAAGCCAUACUGCUGCAGCCUUUGUGGGAAAGCCUUCCGCCAUGUCGGCAACUUGAACGUUCAUAUGAGGAUUCACACAGGAGAGAAGCCGUACAGCUGCAAAGUUUGUGGGAAAAAAUUCAGUAGAAAUAAUUUGAUGACAAACCACAUGGCUGUACAUACAGGUGAAAAGAGUUUGGGGGUGAAGACUGUGGUAAGGAGAGAUUCAGCUGGCAUCCCUCCAUGACAGUUUCAGGUGCAGAGAAGAACAUUUGAAAAGUUUUAUGUUAAAGUGAGAUAUUAAUAUUCAUGAUUGUUGGAAUGGAUGCCAUCAAAGUUAAGCUCACCAUGAGUUACAGUUGAAGUUAUGGAUGCUUGCUAAUAAUUCCAAGGUAGCAAAUUUUCCC